AUGUCUGAAAAGGGAGACCAUCUCUUUGCUAUUACUAGUAAUCCCGAGGCUGGAAGGCUUGAAGCUGGCGCUCAUGAGGUCGAUUUAAAUGCGGUGACCUCCCAGCAGUUCUCUUUGACCCAGGUGGCCGACGAGUUGACCCUGGACCAGAAGUUCUUUAUUCUUAAGAGGUUGGAGUUUGGCCAUCUUACCAACUUCGAUGAUUUACCUCCAACUGCAGUGUUCAUGAUGGAGAAAGUGGAGCAGAUGGAUGUCGAGGAAGCCGAGAAUAUCUUGAAUGCCUUCUUGAAGGACCACGAAGGCGAUGUCAACAUUCCAAUGGAGGACUACGAGUAUGUUGAACAGCUUGUGCAGCACGCUCCAAACAAGAAACCACAUGGUCUCGUCCAGGCGCUCAACGGAGGCUCUUCCAGUGACGAGAAGAACGAUGUGGCUGUCCAUGAGGAUUCUGUCUCGUCUCUUGAAUCGCUCGAUGAGAAACACAUCUUUGACAGGGACUUGCAACUCAAGAUGGAGGCUGUGCUUGUCGCUUACUGGUCGCCAUACGCUGAGGUCAGAGCCGUUACCGAUCCAUACGAUGACCCAGAUACUCCUUGUGAGACUUUCAGAGUGUACCUUAUUGGAAUUAUCUGGAUUGUUCUUGGAACUUUCAUCAACGAGUUUUUCACAGAAAGACAGCCUUCUAUUUCUUUGGGAACCGCCGCCGUCCAGCUUUUCAUCUAUCCCAGUGGAAAGCUUGCCGAAUUGAUUUUUCCCGCAAAGUCUUUCAAGCUUUGGAGAUGGACUAUCAACUUCAACCCUGGGCCAUGGAGCCACAAGGAACAGUUGCUUGCAACUUUGUUUUACAGUGUCAGUGGAAGUGCUGCUUAUGCAACAUACUUUAUUAUUCUUGAAAAGUUGGGUAUCUUCUACGGCAAUCCAAAGUUCACAACCGGCACACAAAUCCUCCUUGUCUUGACUUCAAACCUUAUGGGCUUCGGCUUGGCUGGUCUUUUCCGUAAGUUUGUGGUGUAUCCUGUUUCAGCAAUCUGGCCAACCAUUCUUCCCACUCUUGCCAUCAACAAGGCAUUAGUUCAACCUGAGAAGAAGGAGAACAUUAAUGGCUGGACCAUUUCUCGUUAUUCCUUCUUCUUGAUUGUCUUUGCAAUUUCCUUCCUUUGGUUCUGGGUCCCAGACUAUCUCUUCACUGCCUUGUCCACAUUCAACUGGAUUUCUUGGGCUGCGCCAAAUAGCUUGAAUGUUGCAACUAUUACUGGUUCACAAUCUGGCCUUGGGCUCAACCCAAUUACUACUUUUGACUGGAACACUAUUUUGAAUACUCCUUUGGCAAUUCCAUUUUUUGCCCAAGUGAACGCAUACGUUGGUUCCUUAAUAGCGUUUGUUUGUAUAGUUGCACUUUGGUGGACCAACUAUAAGUGGACAGCAUACUUACCUAUUAACUCUAACCAGGUUUUUACAAACACUGGUGAGCCAUACGCUGUGAGAGAGGUGUUGAACAGUGAGCAGAAGCUUGACCUUGCAAAGUACGAGGAAAUUGGCCCACCAUUCUACACUGCUGCUAACUUGGUUGUCUACGGUACUUUCUUUGCAUUGUACCCUAUGAACUUUGUCUACGUUUUGCUUACCCAUUUCCAGCAGCUUAAGGUUGCUGUUGUUGGGCUUGUAAAAUCCUUGAACUUCAAGAAACACCGUUCCACUUUUGAAGACUUUGACGAUCCAUUUUCCAUGUCGAUGAAAAAGUACCCUGAAGUCCCAGAGUGGUGGUUUUCCAUUAUCCUUCUUAUCUGUGUUGUCUUGUCUAUCAUUACUGUUGAGGUUUACAAAUUGCAGACACCAGUGUGGACAAUCUUCUUUGCCAUUGCCAUGAACUUUGUGUUCUUGUUGCCAUUUGCCGUUGUUUAUGCUGCUACUGGUACCCAAAUGUCCAUUAAUGUGCUUCUUGAAAUGAUCAUGGGUUAUGCUCUUCCAGGUAACGGUACCGCUUUGAAUUAUGUCAAGACUCUUGGUACCAACAUUGACGUCCAGGCAGAGAACUAUAUCACCAACCAGAAGCAAGCUCACUACAUGAGAAUCCCACCCAGGGCACUUUUCAGAGCCCAGAUGGUCUCGGUCCUUAUCAACAGUUUCUUAUCUGUCGGAGUGUUGAAUCUUGCCAUAGAUUCUGUUUCUGGUUUCUGCCACCCACACCAAGCCCAGAAGUUCACUUGUCCCAACUCGACUACGGUUUAUUCUGCCUCGGUGUUAUGGGGUGUCAUUGGCCCCAAGAGAGUCUUUGGUGGUCUUUAUCCUAUCUUGCAAUGGUGCUUCUUGAUUGGCUUCCUCGUCGCCUUCCCAUGUUGGGCUCUCAAGAAGUACUAUGGCAGAACCGUCAUCGGCAAGUACUUCCACCCUAUUGUGCUUUCUUUUGGCUUGAUGAUUUACGCCCCUUAUAACUUGUCGUACUACACGCCUGGUAUGAUCAUCUCUUUCUUCUUCAUGUACUUGAUCAGAAAGAACUUCACUGCCUGGUGGGAAAAGUACACUUAUAUCUUAUCUGGAGGCCUUGAUGGUGGUAUUGCGUUCAGUAGUAUUAUCAUCUUCUUUGCAGUGCAAUACCAUGAGAAGGAUAUAACGUGGUGGGGCAACACUGUCAACGAUAAUACUCUUGACGCCAUUGGCCCAGCUAGACUUAAUGUCACCACCCAUGCCCCUGACGGAUACUUUGGCCCAAGGAAGGGCAACUUUCCAUGA